AUGGCUGAUAAUGAGGCAAUGUCUCACAAGGAUAAGCAAAAUGAGGGAAAGGAGAAACAGAAGAAUACUGAGAAGCCACAAAAUGAAAAGAAAUCAAUUGCAGCAUCUAAAUUGGAAGACGAAGAGAAAGCAAAAGAGACCAGCAAAAUGGAUGAGAAAAAGGAAAAGAAGGAAGAAACCAAUAAAACACUGCAAGAUAAUAAAACCAUGGACAAGAAUCCAGCCAAAGAGGUCGAGAAUUUAGCCAAAGAAAAUAAAGUCGCGGAAGACAAAAAUAAACAAGAUAUGGAUAAGCUAAACAAAUCUCCACCUGGCGCUAAAGAUGGAAAGGACAAAGAUAAAUCUUCCCUUGCCACAAGCAAACCCUCAGAAAGAACGAAUCUUAUGUUCAUAAAGGAAUUGAGAUGUGUAAUAUGUUAA